AUGGCAUGUUUCAGCGCAAGAGAAGCUUUGGAUGAAAUAAUGCAGAGCGAGAGUGAGAAAGGCACUUCGUCCUCCACUGAGGACUCUGAGAUCUCCUCAGUGUCAACCUCUGAGGUAGACCCGGGCCCAGCAGAGGAGUCUUCACGUGACAGCGCAAGUGAGAUGGAGGAAGCAGCUGAGCAAGCUUGGGCUUCCAAGGUUGGAAGGAUACUCUGGUCCCCCAUGAAUGGUGAGACACUGCAGUAUGUUCCAGCCGCCACCGGUUUGGUGCCAGGACCCACAACUAUCGCUGUGGCCCACAUCACCGACCCGUUGUCCAGCUUUGGUCUGCUGCUCACUGAUGGGAUCCUGGAGCAUAUUGUUGCAAUGACCAAUCUGCAUGGGAGACGCUCGGCGGGUGAGUGGCGUGAUUUAGAUGGGGUUGAACUGCAGGCUUAUGUGGGACUUUUCAUUUUGACCGGGGAAUACAGGUCCAGAGGCAAAUCAAUCCUCAGUCUGUGGAAUGAGAAAACUGGACGGACCAUUUUCAAAGCAACCAUGUCACACAAGCGGUUUCAUCAGAUCUGCAGAGCCCUGCCCUUCGAUGACAAACUGACCCGACCCCGGCGUAGCAGCGAGGACAAGCUGGCUGCAUUUCGCCAGGUGUGGGAUAUGUGGACACAGCAGCUCCUGAUGUCAUUCAACCCAGACAGAGACAUCUGUGUUGAUGAGCAACUAGUACCUUUCAGGGGGAGAUGCAAGUUUAGGCAAUACAUGCCGAAAAAGCCGGCUAAAUAUGGACUGAAGAUUUGGGUAACAUGCGAUGCGAAAACAUCCUACACCUGGAAACUACAGGUAUUUACAGGCAAAACAGCCAGCACUCCCGAGAUCAACCAGGGGAAGCAGGUGGUCCUGGAGCUAACAGAGGGGCUCCAAGGACACACUGUCACCUGUGACAACUUCUUCACUUCAUUUGGACUGGCAGAGGAGCUGUUGAAGAAGAAGCUCUCCCUGGUUGGCACCAUCCAGAGGAACAAACCCGAGCUUCCUCUUCAGUUGCUCCAGACAAAAGGGAGAGCGAUGCAUUCCUCAACAUUCACCUUCACAAGAACCCACACCGUCGUGUCUUACAUCCCCCGACAGUCCCGGAAUGUGCUCCUCCUGAGCACAAAGCACCGCGCCCUACAUGUCAACGAGGAACCGAAGAGGAAGCCCGUAAUUGUCCAGGAUUACAACAGGUGCAAAGGAGGAGUGGACAACCUGGAUAAGGUCGUCAGCAUGUACUCCUGCCGGAGGAGAGUGAACCAGUGGCCGCUUGCUCUAUUCCAUAAUCUUCUGGACAUUUCCCUUUAUAAUGCCUUAAUCCUGUGGACAGCAGUCGAGCCGGCCUGGAAAUGGCAGAAGUCUCACAGGAGGAGGCUCUUCAUUGAAGAAGUCCGGGAAGGGCUGGUGACACCCAACAUCAUUGGCGAGUGCACCGCCCCCGCUCAGCAGCCGCUGCAACUCUCGGACCUCAAGUGGAUUAUGGAUCUGGCCUUUUUGGUCGACAUGCUGUGUCACUUGGACAGACUGAACCUGACCCUGCAGGCCAGCGGGCAAGUCACCAGCGCCGCCCUGAAUAAGCAAAGAGCCAGAUAUGCAACACUGGUUGAAAACCUGCACGAAAGCUUUGUGACCCGGUUCCGUGAUCUACAACUGAAAAGGCCACAGAUUACGUUCCUCGUCGACCCAUUUAAUGCGGAGACGGACUGUUUGAAAGCCCCGCUGGUCACAGAUGAGGCUGCGGCUGAGUCGGAGAUGACCGAUCUUUGUGAGGAGGACCAACUGAAACCUGCUUUAAGGGAAGGGACCAUUGAGUUCUGGAAAAGAGACCGAGGACUGCAGAGAGGCAGUCCGGGAAGAGCACCCCGCUGGCACCUGUCCUGUGAGGGGGAGACGGAUGUCGCCGAGGGAGAGAGAGCCCCUUUCUGUGGGUGUGAAAUGGAUGUCGGUGAGGAGAAAGAGCCCCUUUCCAUGGGCUUCCCCUACAGGCACUGA